UCAUCUUUUACAGACACUGCUGCCUCAGACUACAGUAGGAGCCUGAUGUGACCAGUUUCUGUUAUCCUGUGCAUCUUUGCCGAUUGUGGAAUAUGAUGGAUCCCCUGCACCGUGUUUUUCCUACGGAAGUCCCAGGCCGCUGGUCCAUCAUCGCAUUUGUAACACGGCUAAGAAAAGCGACUUCUGUCAUUCGCUGGCUUAGUCCUGUCAUCACAGAGGGACCUCUCGUCAGAACCAGUAAUGGAGGAAAUCAAGAAGGGGACAAAUACUUUUUCAGGCAGCGAUUUUAUAGGACGAAAGCAGCGACAGGGGGCGCAGAAAGUUAUUUUGCCUCAACACGUACGUUUGAUGCGCUGAAGAAAGUACUAGCCACAAUGCGGGUGACCGAGAGCACCAGAGGGGAGGGAUACCCUACAACUACGAUGACAAAUGCUUAUUGUGGAAUCUGAAAAAUAUCGGAUCACCGUUCUGCCAUUUGGUGUGCUGAAAACGAAGACCAGAUUUGAGAGGACCACAGCUCACUCACAGUUGUACAAGUAACAAGGAAAGCUAUGAUAGGAUUUUCUGCACAAAUACUGCGAAUUUCCAUGGUUUUACUGUUGCUCGAGUCAAACCUUCUGGGCUGUCAUCCUACCAGAAAGGUCCCUGUGGGUAUAGAACACCAACGGGGCCCUGCAGGCGAGGCGGGGAGAGUGCUGGGCUCCUGGGGGCCCUGGGGCCCCUGGGCGGCAUGCUCCCGUUCCUGUCGGGGAGGGGUGCAGGAACGGUCCCGCUCGUGCCUGCCGCCUCGCACCCCCCCGGUUCCCCAGCCGUCCCGGCCGGUCGGCGCUGCGGCUGCGCCUCAGCUCCCUGGCCGUGUGGUGUCCGCCCUGCGCCCCUUCGUGUCUCUCCACCGCCAGCACCCCAACGGCACGCACCCGCAGGGGUUUCCUUCCUCUGCACACAGGGGUGCGGGGGAGAAGCGCAUCGCCCCGGGGAUGUACGGCUACGGGAAGAUGCCGUACGUCGUGCCGCUGCAGACGGACCCUGGCCCGGAGAGGGGGGAAUCUCAGCCAUCUCCGCCGAGCUCCCAGGCCCAGCGCAGGAGCCAGUGGCACGUCUCCAGGCAGCGCAGCCGUCGCUACGGCUACGACGGCGUCCGUCACGCGCACCACGAGUCCCAGUCACGGACAGCCCCGGCCAGGCCCUUCCUGCACCAGCCCGGCCCGGUCCACACCGCCCAGAAAGAGCCGCGCUCCAGCGGCCGGGCCUCCCCUGCGCAGCUCGGCCCCGCCUGCAUAGGGGCCCUAAAGCAGUUGAUGAUGUGCAACACUAAUUCUUGUCCCCCAGCCAGCCCACAGAUCAGAGCGGCACAGUGUUCCUCUUACAACAGUGUCCCCUUCAUGGGUCGGCUGUACAACUGGGAGCCUUUCAACGAAGUCCAGGGUGACCUGCAGUGCCAGCUCAACUGCCGGGCUGUCGGCUUCCGUUUCUACGUGCAGCAGUCGGAGAAGGUCAUCGAUGGGACUCCGUGCGGUCAGAACGGGACGUCCGUCUGCGUAGCCGGGAGGUGUCAGAGUUUGGGCUGCGAUGAGUUUCUGGGCACAGGUAAGGUGAUGGACAAGUGUGGAGUGUGCGGCGGGGACAACACAGCCUGCAAAGUAGUCUCUGGGACCUUCAAGCACACCCUAACGAAGGUGGGGUACCACAAAAUUGUGGAGAUCCCGGAGGGCGCCACCAAGAUUAAUAUCACUGAGAUGAUCAAGAGCCGGAAUUACCUGGCUCUACGCAGUCGUUCUGGUCGCUCCAUCAUCAAUGGGAACUAUGCAAUUGACCGCCCAGGGAAGUACGAAGGUGUGGGCACCAUGUUCACCUACCGUCGGCCCAAUGAGAUACGCAGUACUGCUGGAGAGUCAUUCCUGGCGGAGGGGCCCACCAAUGAGAUCCUGGAUGUUUAUAUGAUCUACCAACAGCCCCAUCCUGGAGUCCACUAUGAGUUUGUUCUCCCUGCUGAGAAUGCAGUCAGUCCACAGGUCCCUCUGGAUAGAAGACCCAGUGGAAACACCUUACAUAGUCAGGGUGGACAUGAACAUGCUGGUGCAGGCAGAUACCCUCCUCAGACACCCAACAACAAAUUUCCAGUCCCCCAGCCACCCAGACACCAGCGAGAGCACAACUGGAAACUUGUGGGGUUCACGGACUGCAGCGCCUCCUGUGGCAAAGGUACCAGGUACACAGUGUUCGGCUGUGUCCACAGGGCCACUCACGAGCAGGUGACGGACAGCCUGUGCGACAGCGCCUUCAGGCCCAGCACACAGGCGGAGCCUUGCAAUAUGCAGCCCUGCCCUGCCUUCUGGGACAUUGGCGAGUGGUCAGAGUGCAGUAGAACCUGUGGCCUGGGCAUGCAGCACAGACAGGUGCUCUGCCGGCAGGUGUAUGCCAACCGCACCCUGAACGUGCAGACCAGCCGCUGCCACCACCUGGAGCGGCCCGAGACCACCAGCACCUGCCAGCUGAAGAUCUGCAGCGAGUGGCAGAUCCGCACCGAUUGGACAACCUGCUCGGUUCCCUGUGGGGUGGGCCAGAAGUCCCGGGAGGUGCGCUGCGUCAGCAACGUGGGCGACUUCGUGACCGACGAGGAGUGCAACAUGAAGCUGCGGCCCAACGACGUGGAGAACUGCGACAUGGGCGCCUGCGCCAAGAGCUGGUUCUUCACAGGGUGGGGCAGCCAGUGCUCCGCUGAGUGUGGAAUGGGAGUGCGAACCCGGAGCGUGCUGUGCCUAACCAAUCAGAUCAGCAGCUUGCCCCUGGAGGGCUGUGGACAGGUGCGCCCUCCAGAGGCCCAAGCGUGUAACAACGGCCCCUGUCACAGUCGUAUUGAGUGGUUCACAGGACAGUGGAGCCAAUGCUCUGCGGAGUGUGGCCUGGGCAGCCAGCAGAGGGAGGUGGUGUGCCUCAUGAUGUCAGACGAAGGCUUCACGGUGCUGCCCCCAUAUGAGUGCUCAUCUCUGGACCGCCCCUCCAGCCAGCAGAGCUGCCAGCUCAAGGCCUGUGGUGCCAAGUGGUACCACACCGACUGGAGCGCUUGCUCCAAAACGUGCGAGGGGGGGUUCCGCGUGCGAGAGGUGCGCUGUCUCUCGGACGACAUGGUGCCCAGCGAGGGCUGCGAGGCCCAGCUGAGGCCGGAGGAGCGGGACGCCUGCAGUCCGGACCCUUGCGUCCCCGAGAUAGAUGAGAACUGUGGAGACAAAUACUUCAACUGCAACGUGGUGGUUCAAGCGCGGCUGUGUGUGUAUAAUUACUACAAGACGGCUUGUUGUGCGUCCUGCAUGCGAGUGUCCCGCAAGCAGUCAGGUCACCGAGGACGCAGAUGACAUCUCCUUCAGGGCCAUCUUCGGGGGAGCCCAAAAACUGUCUCCACACCGAGCCUGAGAUGACCACGCUGACACAGUCAACAGCCAGCCUCUGGGCUAGAAGUCCUGGAGGGCACUGUGGGCACAGUGUACUUGAACAACACCUCCACUGAUAACUAAGAAGGUGCCAAGGAAUUGACAUACUAGACCCUUUGGAGCGCACGCUGGGGUUUCAAUGGAAAUGGGCGAAAAACUGCCUGGACAAAAGGGUGCGAGCAGUGCAAUGGGCGAGAUUUCUCUGGCAUUGCCCGCAGCUCAAAAGGAGUGAGUUCAUGUCCGAAUUCAUGUGCUACAGGUGCUAUGCUUGUUGCCUACGUUGUUUGAAGAUAAACUGUGAAAUGACAGAUAAUUUCAGGUCUCAUCUACAGGUAAAGUCAAUCUCCGCUAAGUUCAAAAACAUUUUGGGAGCCAUGGAGAACACGGUGCAUUGUUUCAGAGUUUCUAUUUGGAGGGUUUUUCCCAGAUUCUGACAUUGUAACUGUACUGUAUUCUUGCUGGCUGUGAAGGACUGAGCUGCCUGGUAGAAUGCCUCACUUGCAUGGUAACAGCUAUUGCAGUAUCAAAGUUUUACCAGUAGGGGUACUGAAAAAAAUCUGUUCAGUUCUUAUUUUUUGUAUUCUUUUAUAUUCAACAUUAUGUAUAGAAUGUCUACUUUUGUAUGCCUCAUCACUUUAUAAAAUGCAUAUUUAUGAGGAAAUUAUGAAUUAUAUAUUGAGGUUUACUAAGUUUUGUUAUUUGUUGAUUAAAAAUGUUUUCUGAGUUCGUAAAUGUUUUAGAUAACUUUUCUAGAAGUUACGCAGAAUUUAACUUUACCAAAGACAGAUGGAAAAAUUGCAGCACAGGUUCAACUCAAGUUAUAAAAAUAAGGGUAAAAAUAAAGAAAAUAAUUUAUAGUAUACAUUAUACAUUAUAAUUGAAAUAUUGCCUUCAUUACUUACAACUGAUGUUUUUGUAAUCUCAGAAUUGAGCCUGUCUCCCAGCUGCUGCUGAUGAAACUGACACUACAUCACCAGAAUUUACUCUGCAUGUAAAUGUGAAUGCAUGCACGUAAAUCAUGUUGCCUGUAAUUCAUGCAUAUUUAUGUAACAUAUCACUUAAGAUUGUUACUGAAGUAUCCCUUAAAGUUCACUUCUGAAACUGCUCUGCAGGAUAUUUGUGCAUUAUUUACAAUAAUGGAGAAAACUUUUAUUAUAUGCUGGUCCAAAAUGCUGUAAUUAAUGUUUGUUUGGCCUGUAGGUACUAAUAGAUUGGCUUGUCCUAUUUGAGUGAAGCAACUGAAACUGUUGUUCCAGCACAUCAUCCAGUCACGAAUAGUGGACCAGCGGGAUGACAAAAGCAAUUCCAUAUGUGAACAUGACUUUCUUAAUUUUAUAUAUUAUUUGACCUCUUUUUCACCUACCCAUGUACAGUAUACUAGUUUGUGGGCAUUGUAUUUAAUUCACUGGUAUUUGAUUCCGUAGAUUAAGACAUUCAUCAGAUAUAUUAUAAAGUUGGUCUUUUCAGCCCUAAAGUGGUGCCCACAACCAGAGGUUUUUAUCAGUUUCGCUGAAUUAAAAUAGAAUCCGAUAUUAGAAUUUGAUUUCGAGUCACUGUCAGGUAACUUACAUUUCAAAAUGACAAUGUACUAUGCAAUUUGCCCAAUAUUUUCUUUUAUGGAAAUAAUGUUGUUUUAUUGUAUGUUUUAGGGACAGUAAAUACUGAAGCUAGUUCCAAAUGGGAUGUAAAACAAGUCAUACUGCAUACUCAUAUCUGUUCCAAAGGGCUAUUUUUAGUAGGCAAUAUACUUAUGUUAUUUGGCACAAAUCAGCAGCUACACAUUGGUGCAUAAUAAUGCUCAGUAAUUGACAGUUAUAUUUCCUGCCUACUUGAAGUGUUACAAAAUGUGUUGUAAAAUAGGUCUUUCAUAAUCCGUACAAGAUGCAAUUCAAACUGAACAGUAUUAUUCAGGCAGGUACUGUUAAGAAAUGCGUGGUCAUCAUAUGUUGUCUUACCAACAGGAAGAGCUGGUAACAGAGGUAACCUGAAAUGUCAGUGAGUGAUACAGUAUGUUAUCUUAUAUUGAAAAAUACAUUGACAUGAAAUAUUUUGGUGUUAUUUCUUCUCCAGUCAAUGAGCACAAAGCAUUUAUUGGCUUGUCACCUCAGUUUUUGAUGUUUUUCAUUUGUUUUUGUUUUUUUUGUUUUUGUUUUUGCUGGUUUGAGUUUUUUAAAAAUAUUUUGAUGUCACAACGUUUACAUAAUUAAAGAAAACUUUUUUUAA